AUGUCUAGACGUCUAAAAUUCAUGAGCUUCAACGUAAGGUCAAUUCAGUCUGGUUUUCUAACUUUGAGGGAGUAUGUUGUUGACUAUGCUGUCGAUGUCCUGGGUCUCAGUGAGACUUGGCUAACCCCAGAUAUUGAUUCCUCCUCAGUAUUUAUCAACGACUUCAAUGUCGUUAGAGCAGAUCGAAAUAGCAGAGGCGGGGGCGUCGCGUUUUAUGUGAGAAAUGGUAUUGCCUUCAAAAUAUUGCACUCUAAUAUCACCACAGAAUUGGAAGAACUUUGGAUCUCUGUAAAGGUUAAUCAACGCAAAUAUUGUCUAGCUAUAGUCUACCGUCCACCAUCGGCAAACGUGCUUGACUGUUUUCAUCAAUUAACUGAGUCUUUAGCCAACCUUUCACUCGAUAAUGAUUACGCAAUUGUCAUGGGCGAUUUUAAUAUUAAUGUUUUAGUGAACGACGGCCGAUCCGAGAUGCUGAACUGUUUUCUUGAGUCUUUUGAUCUGUCUCAGUUAGUGAAAGAGCCCACACGUAUAACUUCCAAUAGCCAGACAGCUAUAGACUUGCUCAUGGUUAGCUCUGCUGAUAUAAUAAGUGGUUAUGAAGUUGUUGACGUAGAUGGAAUAUCUGACCAUCUAGCCCUAAUAUUUUAUGUUUUUGGCAACGGGAUCAUCUUUUAAAACUCUUAGUUUUACUUUUCGAAUGGGUGCUACGACCGUGUCAUCAAUUGUGCGAGAAACAGUAAAAGCUAUGUGGGACAUAUUACAACCUCUGUAUAUGAAACUUCCUACCGAAAAUGACUUCAAGAACACUGCAAAAGAAUUCUACGAAAAAUGGAAUUUUCCCAAUUGUCUGGGGGCAAUUGACGGAAAACAUAUUCGUGUGAAAUG